UGAUGACAAAACACAACACACAUCUCUCAUCUUCCCCCUUGCAGACCUUCUUCCUUCCUUCCCAUACUCAACCAAGUCCAGCCACCGCUGAGCCAGCCUCCGGCGACGAAUCGCCGUUGACCAUUACUGAUCCAGCUACCGGCAUCUUCUCUUCUGUUUUCCUGUUAACCUCGCCAUUGUUUACAAUUAAGUAAACUUGUUGACGGGUCAUAAGAGCUGGAGCUGUUUUUCACGGUAUGAUGCAAUAAAAAGGAGACGUGCGUUUUGUGCAUGAGAUAUCAUUUGUUGUGUAAAGUACUUGAGAAAUGGACUUAGCAAAUUAUUUUCCGACUGCUGUCAUGAAUUCCUUGAAAAAUGCGUCUGAACUGAUCACAUUUGUAUAUGAUGCUCCUUUUGCUCGGGCUGUUGUUUUUGGUGUGAAUAUUGGAGGACAUCUGUUUGUGGAAGGUCUACUCCUGGUUGUCAUUAUCUUUUUAUUAUCUCAGAAGAGUUACAAGCCACCUAAACGUCCUUUAACCACCAAGGAGAUGGAUGAGCUAUGUGAUGACUGGGUUCCAGAAUCUCUUAUACCGCCUGUAACAGAAGAGAUGAAAAAGGAAGCUCCAGUACUGUUAAGUGCGGCAGGACCUCAUGCAAUUAUCAAUGGCAAAGAAGUGGUUAAUUUUGCUUCAGCAAAUUACCUAGGAUUAAUGGGACACGAGAAAUUACUUGAUUCAUGUACUGCUGCACUGGAGAAAUAUGGUGUUGGUUCUUGUGGUCCUCGUCAAUUUUAUGGAACCAUUGAUGUUCACCUUGACUGUGAAACCAGAAUAGCAAACUUUUUGGGUACCUCUGAUUCCAUUCUCUAUUCUUAUGGACUCUCAACUAUGUUCAGUGCAAUUCCAGCAUUUUGUAAGAAAGGAGAUCUUAUUCUCGCAGAUGAAGGCGUUCACUGGGGGAUACAGAAUGGUUUAUACUUGUCAAGAAGUACCAUUGUCUACUUCAAGCACAACGACAUGCAGUCUCUACAAAGUACACUAGAGAAAGUCACUCAAGACAACAAGCGAGCUAAAAAACUGAGACGCUACAUCGUUGUGGAAGCUGUAUACCAGAAUUCUGGUCAGAUUGCUCCAUUGGAUGAGAUUAUCCAACUAAAGGAGAAGUACAAGUUCCGUGUUCUAUUAGAUGAGAGCAACUCUAUUGGUGUGCUUGGAAAAUCUGGUAGAGGUCUUGCGGAACACUACCAAGUUCCGAUUGAUAAGAUAGACAUCAUAACUGCUGCUAUGGGACAUGCCUUGGCUUCAGAAGGUGGGUUCUGCACCGGAAGUCACAGAGUUAUUGAUCACCAACGCCUUAGCAGCUCAGGCUACGUUUUUUCUGCAUCUCUCCCUCCAUAUUUGGCAAGUGCUGCAAUUGCUGCUAUCGAUGUCAUUGACGAAAAUCCUCAACUAAUAUCAAAGUUACGAGAUAAUUCUAAAUUAUUAAGCACAGGAUUGUCAGGAAUACAUGGCCUUGAACUUGCGAGUGAUAUAAUGUCGCCCCUUGUUUUCCUCCGGCUCAAGAAAUCAACUGGGUCCUUGAAGAGUGAUCUUCAAUUACUUGAAGAUAUUUCUGAUCGGGUACUGAAGGAACACUCAGUUUUUGUAACAGCUUCUAAACGAUCCGUAGUUGAUAAAUGCAAUCUUCCUGUUGGGAUUAGAAUGUAUGUCUCGGCUGCUCACACACAAUCCGACUUGCAGAAAGCGUGUGAAUCAUUGAAGAUUGUCGCAGCUUCAGUAUUAGCAUAACAAAUCUAAACACGACAAUGUAGCUUCUUCAUCUUGAAACAGUUUUUGAGAAACAAAAAUUUAAAAAUGUCUUAUUAGCAAGGGUAUAUGUCACCAUUUCUUGACAUACUAGUUGGUCUUUGUUCAUAUAGAUUUACCCUGUGAACUUCAAAAUUUCAGUUUAAUUUAUUAUUGUUAUGUGUUUUUUUUUUAAA